AUGGCUGAAUUUGAUAUUGGGAAACACUGCCAGAUUGAAUCAUGUAAUCUGAAAGACUUUCUUCCUUUUGUCUGUGAAUUCUGCAGUGGGGUUUUCUGUCUUGAGCACAGACACAGGGAUUCCCAUACUUGCAAAGAAGAACCUUUGAAAAGAGAAAUUGCAGCUUCCAAAGGCAGUACAAGUUAUCCAUGCUCAUUUCCAGAAUGUAGCGAAAAAGAGUUGUUGCCGGUUAUAUGCCCACAGUGCCAAAAACAUUUCUGUUUGAAGCAUCGGCAUCAAAGUGAUCAUCAGUGUGAAAAGUUGGAGGUUGCUCAACCACGAAUGGCAGCCACGAAAGAGCUGGUACAAAAAAUUGUUGAGUCAAAGGAAGGACAGAAACCUAAAGGACGUAGAGGAGCAAAGAACAGUGAGACUGCAGCUAAAGUAGCUUUAAUGAAAUUAAAACAACAGGCUGUUGGAGAUAAAGGCCUUCCACAGACGGAGAGAACCUACUUUCAGGUAUACCUUCCAAAAGAAUCAAAAGAUUCUUGCAAACCCAUGUUCUUCUGCUCUAAAUGGAGUGUAGGCAAAGUGGUUGACUAUGCAUCCUCUCUCGCAAGCCUAAAAAACAACAAUAAUGUUCUGUCAGCAAAGAAACUGCGCCUUUGCCACCCCUCGACUGGAGAAGCUUUCCAGAUGGAGGAUACUAUUCAAUCCUUACUGGCUCUUCCAGAAACACCUCUUUACAAUGGGGGGAAUUUAAUUUUAGAAUAUUUAGAAAAUGACCAUACCAGUCUGACUGAUGAACAUUCACUAUUACUGUUUAUCAUUUUUGGCGGCGCAUCUUCGACAUUGCAGCUGAAACAGGUCAAAAUGAAGCUUUUGGAAAACUCCAGCUUUGAGGCCCUGAGCUCCCGGCUAUGUGUGGAGACAGGAGAGUCUCACAUUCUUGGCAGGAUUGAGAGCUAUUCCUGCAAAAUGGCCGGGGAUGAUAAGCACAUGUUCAAGCAGUUCUGCCAGGAGGGAGAGCCCCAUGUCCUUGAGGCCCUAUCUCCCCCCCAGUCCACCAGCACCAUCAGUCCAAACCAACUGGCCAAGAGCAGUGAGGAUGGGGACAACCCGCUGAGUGACAAGUGUUGCAGGAAGACCAUAUUCUACCUCAUCACCACGCUCAACGAGUCCUUCAGACCGGACUACGACUUCAGUGCGGCGCGGGCCCACGAGUUCAGCAGAGAGCCGAGUCUCAACUGGGUGGUGAACGCAGUAAACGGCAGCUUGUUCUCCGCUGUGGGAGAGGAGUUCAACUCGCUUGGACCGGAGCUCUGGAACUCCAUAGAUCAAGAGAUCAACCUGCAGAGCUGUGACAUUUACAGCUACAACCCUGAUUUGGACUCUGACCCUUUUGGUGAAGAGGGAAGUCUCUGGUCCUUCAACUACUUUUUCUACAACAAAAAACUGAAGAGGAUUGUGUUCUUCACCUGCCGCUCUGUGAGUGUUCUGAGCGGCUAUGGCCUUGGAUCUAUGGACAAUGAGCUGGACAUGGAGCUUGAUGAGGAGGAGAUGGGCGGCUUCACUGAGGACAGGUUCCCCAGACCCCUGUGCGUGUAG